AGCUUCGGAAAAGAAAAAGUGACUUAACUUGAAAUGUGUCAGUGAAUCUAUAAAGCAGAUGUUUGUUCUGCAUGUGAGUGAAAAGAGAGUUGAGACGCUGUGCUGUUCUCACAGAGAUGAUUAGUGAAGCUGAUCUGGUCUCCAGCGUCUCACUGAGGACUCAAGCGAGGUCGGGGGUUCGGCUGCUGAGUGCUGUGUUUUCCCACGGUCCCUGAAGGCAGCAGCGCGGCUCCGCUGCCAUGUUGUUGUGAGUCCGGAGCAGCGGGACGGAGGCGACGCAGAGGCGGACUGAGAGGCGCCGUGAGUCGGUGUGUGUCAGCGGAGCCUCGGUGAGCAGGGACCCGGAGCGGACCCGGUGCGGACCCGGUGCGGGACCAGCUCGGCUCGGUGUGGACCUCUCGCUCCGGUGAGGUGAAGAUGGUGGACCGGCUCGCGAACAGCGAGGCCAACUCCAAGCGCAUCGGGGUGGUGGAGGGCUGCUUCGGUGCAGCCGGGCAGCCGCUGGCCAUCCCCGGGCGCGUGCUAAUUGGCGAAGGCGUCCUAACUAAGCUCUGCCGUAAAAAGCCCAAGGCGCGGCAGUUCUUCCUCUUCAACGACAUCUUGGUCUACGGCAACAUCGUUAUCCAGAAGAAGAAGUACAACAAGCAGCACAUCAUCCCGCUGGAGAGCGUCACCAUCGCCACCGUGCCGGACGAGGGCGACCUGCGCAACGGUUGGCUCAUCAAGACGCCCACCAAGUCCUUCGCUGUCUAUGCCGCCACCGCCACCGAGAAGUCAGAGUGGAUGAACCACAUAGGGAAAUGUGUUGGAGACUUGCUUCAGAAAAGCGGCAAGGCGCCUACUGGAGAGCACGCCGCCGUCUGGAUCCCUGACUCGGAGGCGACGGUGUGCAUGCGCUGCCAGAAGGUGAAGUUCACACCUGUCAGCCGCCGCCACCACUGCAGGAAGUGCGGCUUUGUGGUCUGCGGGCCGUGCUCCGACAAGAAGUUCCUCCUGCCCAGCCAGUCGUCCAAACCUGUUCGGGUCUGCGAGUACUGCUUCGUGCAGCUGACGUCGGGAAGCCUGGCGGCGCGGUCAGACUCCAUCGGCCGGAUGGGGUCAAAGUUCAACAACCUGUCAGACGAUGAGGACGAAGACGACAGCAGUGACUGAGGAACACAUCGUCCUCCACCCGGCCCGUCCCCGUCUUUCUCCUCUGCUCAGGCUCCACCGUGAGAGGAACUCCACCUCUGAGGAUUGAUUUGUUAAAUUCGGUUCAGAGCUGGAGGCUCCUCUGAAAAACCAACUGUUUUAUUUUACUUCCCUGUAAUUCCUGCAGGGAAGAACAUCUUCCUGAGCGUGUUGAUUAAUCAGUGAACUGUGGAAUUAACCGGGCGACCAGCAGAACUGCAAGGAGGGGGGGGAAAGGUCGCACUUGACUCCUGAUUAGGCUGCAGUUCGUCACUACAGAACAAUGGUGCUAAUGAGCAACUCCCUCUGUCCUCUUCUUAAAUUAAUUUCACCUUUUGAGAGGAUUCUUUUUGAUUUCUGACCAUGAACUACACAAGGUGACAGUUGUUAUUUCUGCAGGGAAAAGCAAAUGUUUGGGCUCUAACCUUUGUCUCCUCUGUCUUUCAGGUAUACCAGCAAACCUUUUUCUAACAGUUUGGUGUUUUUCUGCCGUCUUUUGCAAAUUUUCCACCGUUUUUAUAAACAGCAGAAAUGUAGAUAUUACUCUAAACUCUCCGUUUAUUGUCAACGUAAUUUAGCUGCUUCUGACAAAUCAUCUGAAGCAUGUUUCUCAGUCAGUGUGUUUGUCUCUGCUCACACACUGACUGAGUUUUCUCAGCGGCUUUCCCCCAAAAACUAACUCUACCGUUUGCCUAUGUGGCCACAAGGUGCCUUAUAAAGAAACAGGAUUUACAUGAUGACUUUGACUCUGAAACACAUCUCACAGGGUGCAGUCGAAUAUACAGCAGGGAUAUAACCAAGUUUUUGUUCCAGUUGUGCGUCGUUAAAAAUACGUUACAUUUUCAUGCAGGCUUCUGAGAGCACAGGGGGGCGGAUGUAGAUUUUCUCUCAGGUUCAUGACUUUUAAACUCAACUGUUUUCAGACAUGAACUCUGGAAAAUGUCCCAAAAAUUGUAUUCAGUAUUUUCUUGUAGUUUGUCUUUCUCAUAAAACUCGUAGGAAACUGUUGGUUCUUCAGUGCAGGUCUGAAAACAGCUUCUGAUUAAAUGAAUGAAGGGAAUCAGGGACUGAAGGAGAACAGAACCUGAGUUCCUCCUGAAGCUGCUGCAGAGCAAACUGCAGUCAUUUCUGACCUUAUUAUAAUUGAAAAAGUAGUAAAUCGAGUGUAGAUGUCAACAACAGGAAAACCUGUACUAUGUGUCUGACAGGUUCAGCUCAUGCCCAUGCAUAAAUACCCAAAACUAACAUCUGUCUGCUGGAAAUGCCACACCCAUAUGAUUGUGCACCAAUAGGCUGACAGGCUCUGAUACAGGAGCCAGAAUACCAAGGCUAUAGCAGCACGACUAGGAAAUGUAUUUAAAGCAGUAACAUCAGGAAACAGCACAUGUGACUUUCUGUCAGUUUAGGAGUUAAAAUUAGAUUCAAGAUCUGUUCAGAGGCUGCAAUGUGUGAAAGUCUAAAUUCUCCAGUUGGGAUGUUUGUGUGGACACUUCCUGUCAAAGAAUGAAACCAAAUGCAAUAAUCCUUCAUUACAGGAACUGCUCUGUGUUUUCUUUUGCAAUCACUUGUUGUAAUUUGUCCUGAUUCAGUAGUUUAGGUGGUUUCACUGGACAACUGUAAAUCCGACUUCCUGUCAGUGACUCUUCUCUUUGCUGAGAUCAGAGGGCGAAACAAACGCACCCUCUCUGAACCUGGCUCCUCCCAGCUGGUGGAGUUGUGUAACCUCUCCCCUUUCUCUCCUUCCUUCCUCGUGUCCUUUCUUCCUUCCUUCUUUUUUCAGCACCAUAACUUUUCUUUGGUAAAGAGCCGUCGACUGAUCAUGUGACGUCUCAGUUUUCAGGUUUUCUCACAGAUGUUCAUGUGAUCAGUUUCAGUUGGAGUUUCUCUUCCCUGCUGCGACUCGGAAGGGGUUUGUUCCUUUUUAAUUGGGCAACAUUUAAAACUCCUGCAGGCAGAAGUGACUCAUCUCACAACCCACAAAACAACCCCACCUGACCUAAACUUAGUAUGGCAGCAAAAACCUUUUAAUAGAUUACAAAUCAUGAACUAUUUGUGUUAUUUGUUUCCGAUCAGUAGAAGGAGGUGAGGUGGAGUCGGUGUGAUUUGGGUCGGAGCGGUCCGACGGUCGCAGCAGCUCCUCCACACGUCUGCUUCGUGGUUAAAGUAUCUGAAGUUGUGCAGGAACCAGAAUAGAUGUCAGUUUUUUUGGAAUAAAACCCUUCAGAUUAGCAUUUGAGUGGAAACUAUGGAAACCUUUACUGCAUCUCAACCUGAAACCAAACAGGGAAGCAACACAUCAGCCGAUCUUAAAGAGAAACACUUUGCUUAGUUAUGGCUGCGAUUCAUCGGCAUUAAUCAGCAUCUUUACAUGCAACGCUUCUUAAAGUGACAGAACAGGGGGAAGAAAGGGACCUUUUUCAGUUUUUUUUGUGUUUUUAUUUGAGGUAGAUUUAUGUUGUUGUUCAAGUCGCUGCAAUAAAAACCACCUGAGAGAUGAAGGCGGUGAUGAUAACUAACCAGCUGUUCUUCCUCCUCUCUGUGGCCGAGGAGACGACUUCACCGUCCAACCCAGAAACACAAAGUCUGAGCGGGUUUAUCGGUGGAUUGCACUUAAAGUCGGCACAUGGACUCACAUCUACAGUGACUCUGUCGGAUAUCUUUUUGUUUUUAUGAAUCUUUUCUGUUUUAAUCCUGAUGAUUUUGUUUGUACAUUUGUACAUAUUUGUUUUGGGUUCUUAUGCUUUUGUUGUACAGCUACGAUCAGUUCUGAAAUGACGCAGUUUCAGCUCCUCCUCGUCUUUGUUCAUAUGAGCAUCAUUUUAAACACAGUGAUUCCUGAACUCGUCACAAACUGAUGACAUGUUCGCCACAUCUGUAUUUGAACCCUCCCUAUUCCCUGGGGAGGUCGCAGGUCAGCAGCAGGACUUGUUCAUCGUCCUGUUUGAAAAAGCUUCAGCUCCUGGUUCAGAGUUAUCAGAAACUUUAGUAACCAGGUUACCGUCAACUCCUGUAACAUCACUGGAUUCACAGCCAGGUUUCCUCCUGGUGUGCACAUGGUCUCCAGAUUCUAACAGACAUGAACUCAAGGCCGCAGGCAGGAAGAGUCACAUCUGGAUAAACCAGACAAACUCAGGCUGCUUCUUCUUUCAUGUUUACACCUGAAGAAAACGCAUUCUGGCUCCAAAUUUUGGUUUUGGCUAAAUUAGCUGGUUGCUCCAGUUGCAGGUGACUGCUUCAAUCUCCUCACUGCUCCUGCUGCUGUUUAAAAUAUACAGAACCCCCCCAGAUGUUGGUCGUCACUGCUGCUGUUUGGUAUUUUAAGAUCCAGCUGUUUGUUCACACUGAGCAGCCUCUGACACUUCUGUCAACUGUACGUUUAAACAAUGGUCUUAUAUUGUCGCUCGGUUUUCAUUAACCGAGCGACAAUAUAAAACCCGGUGAAGAAAAUGUGAGACGCAGGGAGAAGGUUUCAAGUUUCCCUUCAGCUACACAGUUGAUGUAUUUUAACUUCACUUCCAAUGAGUUUAUAUUUACUUUUCACUUAUUUCCUGAAUUUAUCAAGUCUCUGCUGUGCUCAGUUGAUCACUGUCAACUCCCAAGCAAACACUGCCAUCUUGUGUUCUUUGGGUUCGCAGUGUGCUGAGUGAUAGUGAAGUGUCGCCGUGGUAUCGAGGUCCCACCCUCACACGUCAGUCUCAGCUGUCCAUCAUGAUAUCUUGUCCCAGAGAGUGAAUAGUCCCAUCGAAACAAAACACCAGCGAGAUGAUGGACCUAAAUGAAUGAUAUGAAAUCAAGGUGGUGAACUGCUGAGACUUUGUCCAUUCAAAUGUAUUUCAAACAACCAACGACAUAAAAGCAGUGAAAAUUAGAAACAUUUCUGCAGUUAGUUGCACUAAUUUGUUGAAUAAUUAAUCAAUGGAUUUAUUCACCGAGAUGUGUGGAAGCUACAGUGGCUCAGUGUGAACAGCAAAGACCGGCAGGACUGGAAUAUUCACUGAUAGCAGCUGCAGACAAGUGAAACCUGAGAUAUGAAUUUUUUCUGAGGAGGAAACCUGCGACAGCUGAAACAGGUCAACGUUCUGUCACUUUGUUUUUUGUAUGUGAGCUGUUGCUUCUCACUUGCUUUUAUGUUCUCAUUGAUGGUGGCAGUUUGUUUUUUUAAAUUAAUUUUAAAGCAUCUUUAAAAAAGGGCUGAAAUCAGAAUGUAACCCAGUGUAUCUAUGACCAAUACUAAUUCUUUCAGAAAUCUUUUAAGUUUAUGUUAUAAAUGAUACAUCGCUUAAA